AUGUCUUCUACUGCCUGUAUAAGUAUAGUAUUCUUUGGUAGAGCAUCUUUUAAUCUGAUGGCACUUGGUAAUGUUCUACCAGCAAAAGCAGCAAGAGUAUUUGAGGAAAAUUUUGGUUUACGCCUUUGUCUUGGUCUUUUAAUGAUAUCUGUUGAUGUUGCUGUUCAUAUUUUCGCAGAAUGCAUGUUUAUGUCUACUAAUUCUUUACAAUUGUUAUCAAUUACCGAUUUCUUAUUAUUGUACAUAUUAGGAAGACAUAUCUGGCCAUGUAGACAAGUUGAUGUUGAUAGCAGUAGUGCAGCAUCCUCAAAGCUAUUCAAGUAUAUCGCUACACGGGUGUUUAAUAAAGGAAGUGAAGCCGCCGUAGAUAAAAAAGAUCGUGAUGUCAUUGCAAAGUGA